GGGCAGGAGGUGGGGCGUAAUGUUCGAGAUAGGUUGCACUAAAGUACAGCUCCAAGUGAAGUUAAGCUGGGGUGAAGCAAACAGAAAAUUGUGCAGAUUUUGUGGAAAAGGAAAAUGGCUCAAGAAACCAACCAUAGUCAAGUGCCUAUGCUUUGUUCCACUGGAUGUGGAUUUUACGGCAACCCCCGUACGAACGGCAUGUGUUCGGUAUGCUACAAAGAACAUCUUCAACGGCAGAACGGUAGUAACGGUAGAAUUAGCCCCUCAGCCUCUUCUGUUAAUAGUCUCCCCGAGUCUUUACCCAUUCAGUGCACUGAAGGCAAUAUCCAGGAAGCUCCAUCAACACUAGAUUCGACACCCCUGCCGCCUAUGCAUCCAAGCCCUGUAGGUAAAGCCUCUUCUUCUUCGCUCUUAGCAGAAUCAGUAGCAUCUUCCAAAGUGGAAAGUACGGACUUAGUGGACAAAACAGUUUCAGAAAGAGAAGACUUACAAGUUUCAGCAUCAGAUAGCGAACCUUCCUCGAAGAACUCACAAGUCACUUCUGACAAACCAAAAAACAGAAAAAAAUCCCGCCGCUUCAUGUGCCGGAAGAAGGUUGGUCUUACUGGGUUUGAAUGCAGGUGCGGAAACGUGUUCUUAAGGGUACAAUCGCAUCGCAUUCACAGCGCUUCCAGCAAUUACAAAGCUGAUGCGGCCAGGAAAAUCAGUAAAGAGAACCUGAGUGAAUGCAGGUGGAAAAGAUUCCAGAAGGACGGAAACGUUCUGGCUGAAUAUUAA